UCAAACUCCAUUUUCAGGAAAACAAUUCCUGUCCUGAUCACUGUUGGACUUAUGCACUGAGUCCUAAAGAUUCUUGCAACCAUCCUCAUGACGUCCACUGUGAGGUAUGUGACGACCUACGUCUUCUGCUAAAUGAAGUUGAGUUCUCCAUAUCAAGUGUCGACACAAAGUACAAGUACCCAUCACAGAAGGACGAAGUAGCAUAUGAUUUUGAGUCCGCCAAGGACCGUAUCAUUGGUCUAAAAAAUCAUCUUGUGCGUACAAUGGCUCAGGAAAAGUGCAAAGAGGAUAUUCUUUCGAACCUUACCUCUUCCCAAGCACUUUUGACUAUGGAUUGGGCAAUGAAGUAUUUGCCGAGACGAUUUAGAGAAGCUCAACAAGAUUGGUUUGGCAAGAAAGGGACAUCCUGGCAUGUGACGGUUGCUGUGAUGAAAUCUGGCAGUGAAUUUGAGAUUUUGUGCUUCGUCCAUCUAAUCCAGCCAUGUGUCCAGAAUUGGUGGAGCGUACUGUUAGUACUAGAAGCCUCGUUGCUUGAGCUGAAACGAAGGCGUCCAAACAUCACCGAAGUCUCUCUUAGGUCUGAUAAUGCAGGAUGUUACCACUGUGCACCUCUUAUCCUGUCUAUGGCAGAUCUUGCUAAAAAAGUGGACAUCAUCAUUUCAAGGUAUGAUUUCUCUGAGGUACAGGCCGGUAAAGACAUAUGUGAUCGUAAGAUAGCACCGAUGAAGGCCCAUAUCGAGCGGUACGUCAAUGAAGGCAACGACGUACUCACUGCUGAAGACAUGCACACUGCCUUAGAGUCAUACAAUGGUGUGAGAGGAUGCUAUGCAUCUGUUCUGAAGAUUGGAGACAUGCCCUCUUCUGAUGAAACUCUGAAAUGGCCAGGUGUCACCAACUUUACCAAUUUCUCCUUUGAGGAAGGUGGUGUGCGCUCCUGGCUCGCUUACAGCAUUGGCAACCAAUUCCAUCCCUACGCUAAAUUGAUCAAGCAACCACCUGGACCACUGAUCACCACUUACACAGUUGGACAUUAUACUGAGCCCAAAGUCUUGACGGGAGCAAUUCGUCAACAAAGGGAUGAUGUUCAGUUCUCCUGUACAGAAUCAAACUGUGUCAAAACUUUCCCCACCGAUGAGCUCCUAACACAUCAUUUGGCAGCUGGACGGCAUAUGUUUCGUCCCCUUAAGGAAUCUCGUCUUGACAAGAUUGCACGUCAGUGGGCUGAAAAGAUUGGCGAGAUGCAAGCUGGCCCUUCUUGUUCCAGUAAAGGUGUUGAGACUGUCGGUUUGGGAACAGCUUCGGCCUCUAUGUCGCAGGCAAUCCUUUCUGGCUGGGCUCGCAAGAUUUCCAAGGCAAGGAAGAGGUUUUCACAGCAAGUGAAGGAUUUUUUGCUAGCUCAGUUCAUGAUUGGCGCCAAUACAGGAAAAAAGGAAAACCCAGAAACUGUGUCCCGGCGAUUGAAAAGUCACUUUCACAGAGAUGACUGCUUGACUACCCAACAGAUAGCCAGCUAUUUUUCACGUCUUGCUCUCCUACACAAAUCUGGGACACUGCCAUCAAAGAGCUGGACUGAUGUGCAAAAUAAUGCUGUAGAAUUGGUAGAAAGGCAGGUUCUCGUGGAUGCUGUACUGAACCAGUGUGAGCUUUGAGGCAUUUAAAUGCAUGAUGCCAUCGGACGCUUAUCAAGUGUUCGUUUUUGAUUAAACAGUCAGUACUACUCUUCCAUUUUUUUAUUUUUGUUAAUCUCAAAAUGUUGAUGUUCCCAAACUACACCUAGCCAAUUAGCUUUCUAAUUGUCUCGUUACCAUCAGGGCUGAUUUUCACACCCCAAAAAUCCAUAAUGGCCAGUACUGCUUUCAACUGUGAUGCCGUUUGAGUAUUAUCUAUGGUGUAAUACUUGUACCACUCUAUCUUGUGUGAAGGUAAAAACUAAAACAUAUUGAACAUAUUCCACUCAUUAUGUCAAUAAAUAAAACCAUUGACACUUAUUGUGUUAUUAUCU